UCGUCUUCUCCACCCCCACGCCACCGCCACCAACGCGCUCGCCCCCGCGAAACCGCAGCGCUAGGGUUUCCCGGAAAACCCCAACCCUCCUCGAUCCCAUCCCCUCCCCUCCCUCCCGCGCCCGGCGCCGAUGUCGACCCCGGCGGGCGAGAGGCCGGCGCUGAGGAAGCCGGUGUUCACCAAGGUGGACCAGCUCAAGCCGGUCACCAGCGGCCACACCCUCACCGUCCGGGUCGUCAGCGCCACCCCGGUCCCGGGCCGCGCGCGGCCGGGCGUCGCCGCCCCGUCCCGCCCGCCGCGCAUCGCCGAGUGCCUCGUCGGCGACGAGACCGGUGCCAUCGUCUUCACCGCCCGCAACGAGCAAGUUGACUUGUUGAAGCCUGGUGCCACAGUGAUCUUGCGCAAUGCUAAAAUUGACAUGUUUAAAGGCUCGAUGAGGCUUGCGGUGGACAAGUGGGGGCGUAUAGAAGCUACAGAACCAGCCAGCUUUACUGUUAAGGAGGACAACAACUUGUCACUAGUAGAGUAUGAGUUGGUUAACGUGGCUGAGUAAUUGUCGUUGCUUCGCCCCUUUUCCUGCCAUAAAAAGGAAGCACGAUGACUGAGAAUAUUAUGAACCCUUCGCUAAGCAUGUUUAUUUGGUAUGGUGGAUCCAAGAUUGAACCGAGUUUAUCCAUGGUAUGCGUCUACUAAGUGGUGAUUCCCUCUUGUUACUACCUGCUGCUGCCUGUAUUGCUGUGGUGGAACAAGCUCAGCAGGGUGAGAUGCUGCUAAGAGUGCCAGUAAUCAAUGAAACUAAUCGUUGCAAAUCCUA